AAGAAUGAAAGCUCGUGCACCUCCUCCACCAAAUCAACCUUCUGCAGCAAGCAAAAUUCACAGUGAACACAAGUCACCUGCAGAGACAGCUGUAAUUUCUGAUCAGAACCUUGUGAGCAUGAAGGAGAACAUGAUAAAAAGAUCGGUGGACUUCACAGUCAUUUUACCCAGCGGGGUGGAGCAGAAGAGCACAGCACAAGGAAGUAAAGCUGUGAUGGAUUUAUUGGUCGAUUUAUGCAGCCAGUAUCGCUUAAAUCCAUCCCAACAUAGUGUUGAACUGAAGUCUGCAGGAACUCAACAACCUCUGAGUUACAAGCCAAACACUUUGAUAGGAGCACUGGAUGUACAGACAGUACUUCUGAAAGAGAAGGUUCCUGAAGAGAAGACAAAGCGACCUCUGCCAAGGGUCCCUGAGAAAUCUGUGAGGCUGGUAGUGAACUACCUGAAGACUCAGAAGGCUGUGGUUCGAGUUAGUCCGGAUGUGCCUCUCCACAACAUCAUCCCAGCUAUUUGUGAGAAAUGUGAAGUCAGUCAAGAGCACAUUGUUCUUCUGCGAGAUGGCAUCACUGGGGAGGAACUGGAGCUUACCAAGUCCUUGGAGGAGCUGGGGAUAAAGGAGUUGUAUGCCUGGGACAGAAAAAGAGAACCGAGUCGAAAGGCUUCAGUAAGCAAUGACGUAAUAGAAAAAGAAAAGACAAGACUUCUGGGAUUGUUUAAAGCUGAUAGAAGAAGCAGCAAG